UUUCUCUUUCUAUUCAGUAGAAUAUUUCCCCGCCCCUUCCCCCUUUGUCACUCGAUGCUCAUUAGGGCUGUGAUUGGCCAGUCGCAGGGAUUCCUUCUCUUCCAUUAGCUAGCUAGCAGAUACGUCAAUCACGUUUUUUUUUACCCGUGUGGGAGCAUUUAGACUGUUUAUUAUUAACAUGAGCAGUCGAUGUGUGGGAGUUUCCUGGACUUGGACAUGGGGGAAAAGGCGUUUAUCAAGCGGAAAGAAGGUCUGCAGUCUGCCAGAGUGUGAGUAAAAGGGCAGAAGCAUGGCCGCUGCAGCAGGUGCUGAGAUGGAUGGUAACUCAGAGGGCAACAACACCAGUGCUGACAGCUUGGCCAUCAACAGUGGGCCAGAGCGCAAGGGAGAAAGUAGAGCAGCCUUCCUGGAUGGUAAGGAUGCUCACUCCAUCCUGAAGCGUGUCCCGCGGGCCAAUGGCUUCCUGGAGGAGUUGAGACAGGGGAACAUUGAGAGGGAAUGUGGUGAGGAGAGCUGCAGCUUCGAAGAAGCAAAUGAAGUGUUUGAGAACAAAGAGAGAACGAUGGAGUUUUGGAAAACUCGCAGCAUUUACACAGUGAGCAGCAACAGCGAGGGGCGCUCUGAGCGUGCCGACACUGUCUACAUGGUGGUUCCUCUGCUGGGCGUCGCCCUGCUAAUAAUCAUCAGCCUCUUCCUCCUUUGGAGGUGCCAGCUUCAGAAGGCUACUCGUCGUCGCCCUGCCUACACCCAGAACCGCUACUUGGCCAACAACCGCUGCCUGCCACGCAUUCUGGUUCACCGGGAAGUGCAUUCUGAAAGCUUGCAGCAGGACUCCAGCUCACGGCCCACUGCGGCAGUGAGUGGUGCUGAGAGAAGAGGAGUUUCCCAGUCGGACUCCCAUGGCCUCCACCAGCAGAACACUUGUGCCCUCUAUGUCCAGGACUCGUCCCAGUCGGUGGCCUCGCGGCUGUCCGGUGCUACACCGCCUCCAUCUUAUGAAGAGGUGACAGGACACCUGGAAAGCAGUGGUGAUGAGACUUCAGCCCCUUCAUACAGCGACCCUCCACCCAAAUAUGAGGAGAUCAUAGAGAAGACAUAAGAUAGAGGGAAUAAUAAUUCUGUCAUGGCUGCUGC